AUGGACCCUGAAAAAGGUGCAAUCGGUGGACUUUCAACGUCCCUGAGGGCCGAACUUCAGCCACAGCAUGCUGACCUCCUACUUUUCGCUUGUUGUUUAAUAUCAGGACUUGUGGAUAGCACGAUAUACAGAGGAAACACCAUAUUCGUCGGACUGGGUACAUCACACCAAAACCUCCGUCGAUAUGGCUGGGCACGUUCGCUCACGUCCAUCGGAUGUUUCACCCUAGGAUCCUUCCUUUUUGCACAAUUACACCGCGUCCUGGGCACUCGCCGACGAGGGUCGUUGAUGCUGUCUUUCCUGUUACAGGCCAGUAUAAUCCUGUUAACGGCAGGACUCGUUCAAGGGGGUGUCAUUUCUAGUACGCUAGUCAGCAAGGGAUCGCAGAAAACACCCCCGUGGGAUCAGAUAGUCCCAAUUGUUCUUCUUAGUCUCCAGUCUGCGGGUCAGAUCGUAGCGAGUCGUGCCUUGGGAUUCAAUGAGAUCCCGACCGUGGUGAUUACCAGCCUUCUCUGCGAUCUAAUGUCGGACCCCCAGCUAUUUCUUGUGAGGAAUGUCAAACGCGACCGGCGAAUAAUUGCUUUUGUGCUAACGCUUGUGGGCGCCAUCAUCGGCGGAUGGGUCACCAAGGUCACUGAGGCGAUUUCUCCCAUUCUCUGGCUAUGCGCAGGUAUCAAGGGCUUGCUCGCCUUAGCCUGGGCUUUUUGGAGAGCUAAGUAG